AUGAUAACGCUGCCGCCGGCGUCCGGCACCCUGCCGCCACCGAGCUCCAGCGCCCCGCUGUCCGCUGCUCCUUCUAAAGUUGCAGAAACCUCCAGCAGCGCCCUUACCCUGGAGGGUUUGGCCGGGGUGGUCGACCAAGCCGGCCGCAACAUGGCUCAGCUCGGCUGCACCGUGGACACCCUCAGUCGCAACAUGGCAACCAUGCAGCAGUCCCUGGCGAGCUUGCUGCCGCCGCUGCCCCCGCCCUCCUCGCGGCCAGCACCACCAUCGCUCGCGCCGUCUACAUCUACGCUGAUCCCCUAUUCCUUUAGGAUGUCGGCCGAUAGCUCAGGGAGCUCCUUGCACCAGAUGUGGUGGCCGGCCUCCCCUUCGCCCAUCGCGUCAUGGGCGUUGAUGGGUACGCCGCCGCCAAUCUACAUAGCAGCGACAACCGUCACGCCAUCGGUGGGAACCGGGUCCAGCGGGCUCCAAGCCCCAGGCGUAGGUACCUUCUACGGUGGUUCCGGUGGGACGCUACUCUACGGCGGCGGCCCUACGUUCCUAGCAGCAGGGGCCGAUGGCCACCCGCUAGGCGGUGCCUACGCUGGUGCCCCCGACCUCCCCGCGGGCACCCAUGCUCUGCCGCGCUUCUACAUGCUAGAGUUCACCACUUAUGACGGUGCUGUCGACCCGCUCAACUGGCUCAACCAGUGCGAGCAGUUUUUUUGA